GAUUUUUCAGUGUCGAACAUCAGGUGUUCUUAUCACUUAUCAGUCACAUAGUGGUCGAGUGCAAUCCUUUUCGGCACUGUCAAAAAAUGAGAAAUCACCGAUUCGAAAGGAUAGGCCAGACAAAAAAUUUCUGAUGCUGGAAAUUAAAUCAUUAAGUCAAGUUGAUUAACAACAGGGAAAGUGAUUAAUUAUAGGGGACUUAUGAAAGAAGUGUCCUGGUGCCCUUGAUGGUUUUGGAUUGCGUCCUUGCUGAGUUCGUCAAAGAUGAUUUGCAAAAUGUAGGAAAUGAUUUGAGGUUAGGAAAGUUUCUCAAGUUAGGUCUCCCAGAUGAUUCGUAUAAAGAGGACUUUUUCAACAGAAAAGAUCAUAAUAUUGCAAAAACCGAAAACGAAAGCGAAGAAGAUUUAGGUCUUCCAUUGACUCCUGACGACUUUACUGCUGGACAGAUCUUAAAAGAUGAAGAUUUCGCCCCCAAAUUAAAUUCUGAUCCAAUCCAUACAUCCGGGCAUUUCGAAGGAGACAUCAAGGAUCCUAAACUCAUACAAGGUCGAAAUGCUAUUCGGGACAAUCGGAUGAAAUGGCCCCGGGGUGAAAUUCCUUACAUUAUUUCUGGUGUAUUUGGCCCAAAGGAACGAAGCAUAAUAGCCAGAGCUAUCGACGAAUACCACAGGCAAACAUGCAUUCGCUUUCUUCCCCGAACCAAUGAAGAAGAUUUUGUUCUUAUUACAAGAAAACAAGGGUGUUUCUCAAUGAUUGGACGUGAUGGCGGGAGACAGAUGUUGUCGUUGGGUGAAGGUUGCAUGUUCGUGGGCAUCGUCAUACAUGAAUUCAUGCACGCAGUUGGAUUUUGGCACGAACAGAGCCGAGCAGACAGAGAUAACUACGUGCAAAUUCUGUGGGAGAACAUUCAACAAGGACAGACACACAAUUUUGCAAAAUACACUGAUGGCAGACUUCAUCAUCUGGGAGAAGAUUACGAUUACGAUUCCAUCAUGCACUACGGAUCUUACGACUUCACAAAAUAUCGUAACAGGCCAACUAUCCUGCCGAAGAACAGAGACAUUUUCAUUGGACAGCGUUCUGGAUUUAGUCGCACGGAUCUUAGAAAGAUAAAUAAAUUGUACCAGUGCUCUUCACAACACAAAAUUUCAGAGGAAUGCACAGACACAGACAGUCAGUGCAGAGGAUGGGCAGAAAAUGGAGAAUGCAAGAGGAAUCCAAAAUGGAUGGUGACCAACUGUCGCAAGUCCUGCAAUCAAUGCAGAUUGAAGCGACAUCUGUCUGAGAAAAAUGAAACAGUGGCGUUAUGAACCAUAGAAUCUUUUUUUACGAAGCAUAUGAUACCAAAAAAUUUGUGAUGUACAAGAACAACAUUUUACAAUUUUUGAUACUUUUUUUUUAUUUAUAAAAUAAAUGAAUUAAAAUACA